AUGUCAACAUCAACGGCUCUAUCAGGCUCGGCCGCAGCCUCGACCAGCGCACAGGCGACGGCGCGCCGGCGAGAACCAAAGCGGUUUGCGCCGCUCAAUCCCCACGCUGAGACGGGGCACGACCUGCCAAAGCUGCAGGGCAUCAUUUUUGACAUGGACGGGACGUUGUGUCCUGACCGAGAAUUCUACACCACCAGUCUUCCUCAGAAUUACAUGUUCCGUGAGAUGCGAGAGGCGCUGGGAAUACCCAGGUCUGUCGACAUUCUCGAUCACAUCCGCACGCUCUCCAAUGAGCCCGACGUCCCGGUCGCCAGCAGUGACGGUGGAGCAGAUUCAGAGUCGACAAGACCGCAUCCUCACUCGACGAUCAACCCCUUUCAGCUUCCUUCUGAAGACAUGCUGUCUCCCUACAGCGACAAGAUUCCCGAUCCGCCCCCUUUAUCGCCCCAGGCUCGCGCGGUCGCCAAGGUCCAAGCCAUUGAGCGCAACGCCAUGUCCUCACAACGUCCGCAGCCCGGCCUGCAGGCACUCAUGGACUACCUCACCAAGCGAGGCGUGAGAAAGGCACUCUGCACGAGGAAUUUCCCGGCCCCCGUGCAUCAUCUGCUGAGCAAUCACCUACCUGAGCAUGUGUUUGAGCCCAUCAUCACCAGGGAGUCUGAGGGCGUGGAACCGAAGCCCAGCCCGGAAGGGUUGUGGAUGAUUGCUCAGGCCUGGGGUCUGGAUAGAGAAAUUGAGGUUGGCCAAGUCCAAGGAUCAGUCGAGGCAGCUGAUGGGUUUGAUCCCCUGGAACUGGCUAGGAGAUAUCUGGGUUCCGGCUUGAUCAUGGUCGGUGAUAGCAUAGACGACAUGGCAGCAGGUUGGAGAGCUGGCGCGGCCACGGUGUUAUUGGCUCAAGAUGAGAACCAGGAAUUAGUUAAGCACGAGUAUACGGGUCUCAGCAUCAGACGCCUUGAUGAACUUAUAGACAUCCUAGAGAAUGGGUUUGCGGAAAACGCACAGACAUAG